AGUCUAUCAAGUACCAUUAUCAGCCAUGGUACUAUUACCAUUUGAUUUAAUUAUAGAAAAAUUAUCAUUUUUUACUUCUUCAAUGACAUUAAAUUCAAUGAUUGUUAUUAGUCUAUCUGGUUUUCUUGUAUUUAUUGUUAAUAUAUCUUUAUGCUGGGUUAUUAAAAAUACAUCACCAUUAACAUUUAACGUAAUUAGACACAUAAGAACAAUAGUAGUCUUAUUAGGCAGUGUAGUUCGGUUUGAAGAACAUCUUAACUUUAAACAAUCUAUUGGUAUGACAUUAACGUUAUUUGGUUUAAUAGCAUACACAUUUGUAAAAAUGAAAGAACUAAAUCAGUUGCCAUGUAUAUUAUUUAAUUCUAAUGUACAACAAUUACAAGCGAUUAUCUAA